UGUGGCGGGGAGAGAGGCAUUGAGGGACGAGGCAUUGAGGGGAGAGGCAUUGAGGGGAGAGGCAUUGAGGGGAGAGGCAUUGAGGGGAGAGGCAUUGAGGGGAGAGGCAUUGAGGGGAGAGGCAUUGAGGGGGGAGGCAUUGAGGGGAGAGGCAUUGAGGGGAGAGGCAUUGAGGGGAGAGGCAUUGAGGGGAGAGGCAUUGAGGGGAGAGGCAUUGAGGGGAGAGGCAUUGAGGGGAGAGGCAUUGAGGGGAGAGGCAUUGAGGGGAGAGGCAUUGAGGGGAGAGGCAUUGAGGAGAGAGGCAUUGAGGGGAGAGGCAUUGAGGGGAGAGGCAUUGAGGGGAGAGGCAUUGAGGGGAGAGGCAUUGAGGGGAGAGGCAUUGAGGGGAGAGGCAUUGAGGGGAGAGGCAUUGAGGGGAGAGGCAUUGAGGGGAGAGGCAUUGAGGGGGGAGGCAUUGAGGGGAGAGGCAUUGAGGGGAGAGGCAUUGAGGGGAGAGGCAUUGAGGGGAGAGGAAUUGAGGGGAGAGGCAUUGAGGGGAGAGGCAUUGAGGGGAGAGGCAUUGAGGGGAGAGGCAUUGAGGGGAGAGGCAUAGAGGGGAGAGGCAUUGAGGGGAGAGGCAUUGAGGGGAGAGGCAUUGAGGGGAGAGGCAUUGAGGGGAGAGGCAUUGAGGGGAGAGGCAUUGAGGGGGGAGGCAUUGAGGGGGGAGGCAUUGAGGUAGACUGCCGCACCUGCCGUGAUCUGGUCACCACGGUCGCCAUCGCGCACCUCGACACACCUCGAUCGCACGCACCUCCUGCGACGUGUAGCUGCUUCAAGAGGGGCAGUGCACGGCUCGUGGGUGGGAAGGGGACAGGUGGGAAGGGGACAGGUGGGAAGGGGACAGGUGGGAAGGGGACAGGUGGGAAGGGGACAGGUGGGAAGGGGACAGGUGGGAAGGGGACAGGUGGGAAGGGGACAGGUGGGAAGGGGACAGGUGGGAAGGGGACAGGUGGGAAGGGGACAGGUGGGAAGGGGACAGGUGGGAAGGGGGCAGAAGGACCCAAGUACGCCCAUCCGCAGGUGGUCUUCUUCACCUGCUUCUUCAAGGCGGCAGCUCUUGGCUUCUACCUGCUGGGCAGCUGGUUCACGAGCAGCUUUGUGAUUGACUUCGUGGUGUGCGUGCUGCUCAUCGCGCUCGACUUCUGGGUGGUGAAGAACGUGAGCGGCCGCAUCCUCGUGGGGCUGCGCUGGUGGAACGAGACCGACGAGGCCGGGGAGACGCUCUGGCACUUUGAGUCGCUCGACCAGGCCUCAUUGGACCAGCUGAGCAAGACGGACGCAUGGGUCUUCUGGUGGACACUCUAUUGCACGCCAGCGUUAUGGCUGGGGCUGGGGCUCAUCCAGGUCAUCCGGCUGAGCUUUGACUAUCUGCUCAUCAUCAUCGUGGCUCUUGUGCUCGGCGCUGCCAACAUCUACGGCUACACCAAGUGCCGCCGAGAUGCCAAGAAGCAGAUCCAACAGUUUGCAGCACAGACCAUGGCACAGAAUUUCGCCUCUACGCUCACCUCUGCCCUCGCAGUCUGA